AUUUAUAUAUAGCUGGCAUAAUUUCCUUCUCCCUUGGAUUACUUACCACGUUCUCUCUUUGACACAAACCAGAAGGUCAAACCUCUAACAGAAACCAACACUUCAAAAACUGACUCAAAAUUCCCACUUCAACCAUCGGAAUCUCGCCGGAAAAUGACAACAUACGGCACGAUUCCAACUUCAACUUCGCCAGGAGCCACAACAAAACUUGAAUACAUAUCUCGAGCCAAAGAAAGAAUAAAAGAAGGAUUAGGAUACCGCAGGCCAUGGAAAUUAAUGUUCAAUUUCCGUUCUUUAGGUCUCCCUGCAAGUCUAGCAGAAGCUAUGGUUCGAGUCAAGACAAACGUCGCCUAUUUUCGAAUGAACUACGCCAUAAUAAUACUAAUAAUCUUGUUCUUGAGCCUUCUUUGGCAUCCAAUUUCUCUUAUAGUGUUUAUAGUGAUGAUGGCUGCUUGGCUUUUCUUGUAUUUCUUGAGAGAUGAACCGUUGGUUGUUUUUGGCCGUACGAUUGACGAUCGGGUGGUUAUGAUCGCUCUUGGAGUUUUGACUAUAGUGUUCUUGUUGCUGACCCGUGUUACUUUGAAUGUUCUGGUGUCGCUGCUUGUUGGGGUGGUGGUUGUGGUGGUGCAUGCUAUCAUAAGGAGGACUGAUGAUUUGUUUUUGGAUGAGGAGGCUACUGGGUUAAUGACCACUGCCGGUGUUAGUGGCGGGGGAGGUGGUGGUGCUUCCUCUUCUUCUUCUUCUUGAUUUGUGAGGUCUUUUUUAUUUUUUUGUUUGUGGGGGAUGUUUUUUUAAUUAAUUUUUUAAGUUAAUGGUGUUAGAAAGAUUAAUUCAAAUUUGUUUUUCUUUGUUUGUUUGUUAAUUUGGUGCCCAUCACUAAUUUUAUUGUAUUUUUUUCUCUAAUAAUUUUGAUUUUGGAUUGAAGUUUCUGGAAUUGAUAGGAUUGUAGUUAUUCAUUUUUAUUUUAUUUUUGCUGGUUGGUUUGAA